GAGUCGUUUUCUUCUCCUUUCUCGUCUCGUCACUCUCCUACUUACCCGCUUUUUCUCAGCUCGAUAGUUUGUUACCGACGGCGAUUCAUCGAAACAGAGUCUCGCAGGUGAAAGAGAAGAUGAAGAUAAUUGUCAAGUCUCUGAAGGGGGAUCGCUCCGAGAUCCAAGUCAAUCCCGAGGAUUUGGUUGUUGAUGUGAAGAAGAACGUAGAGAUCGUACUGGGAGUUACUGCGGCAGAACAAGUGCUUAUUCACAAAGGGAAAGUGCUUAAAGAUGAAACAACACUAGAGGCCAACGACGUUUCCGAGAAAAGCAUUAUUGGCGUUAUGAAGAGAAAACCUGCAUCUACCGGAACUUCUGCUAACCUUACGGCUCAGGAUCAUGCAACGCAUCCUUCUUCAACUGCAACUGAGACUCCAAGGAUCUCUGGACUGACACCUGUAACUCCUACUGAACCUGCCUGGGAUCUUGAUGAUGGAUUAGAUUUGAACUAUGAGCGUAUUUCAGAGAGUAACAUUCAGCUGAUUCUUGAGAUGGUCCGUGGAGCCUGGAACCGUAAAGUGAUUACCACUUCACUACGUUUGGCAUAUAAUGACGUUGAUAAAGCCUUGGAAUAUCUUUACUUUGGUCUCCCGGCGCGGCUUGAAGAUCCUAAGACGGUCACACGGGAUCAAACUCAAGAAUCUGAAGCUCAUGAAAAAGCAGACCUAAGACGGUUACUUGAUUCCUUCCGCCCCACUCCAGAGUUUGAGUAUAUACUAGCUCUGAUGCCAUCAGAACCUAGUAUCGUAAAGGAUUUUGUAGAGAUGGCAGAGGAACAAGAUCCGCAAUUGUUUCAGUUGAUUCAAAACAACAAAGCUUACUUCUUACGCUUACUACUUGAAGGAGGAGCAGGUGGCAACGAGAUGGAGCAGCCUCAUCAUGAACUCCAACCAGAACAGACCAAUGAACCAAACAACGGAGGAGAUGGUGGCAACCAAGUGGGAGAGUCUGAAGAAACAGAAGUUGAGCAGCCUCCUCAGAAACUCCAAGCAGACCAAACCAACAAACCAAACAACGGAGGAGGAGAUGGUGUCAACCUGGUGGGAGAGUCUAAAGAAACCGAAGUUGAAGUCGCCACCCCUGAGGAUCAUGAAUUGAUCGAACAGCUGGAAGCACUGGGAUUUGAGAGAGGUGAUGCGGAGGUGGCGUACUUCGCCUGCAACAAGAACGUACAAGACGCUGCAGACCAUCUUCUCGGUGACAAGCACGAGCCUCAAGAAUAACACCACUGAACCAUGAGUUUCUUUCUUGGCCCGUAGUGGUUUUUGCGUAUCUUUUUCUAUCGAGAACCAAA